CUCAGUUUUCAAUCGGAUAGAUGUCAUUACAUGGUUACCAAGGAAGCAGAGUAAAUAACAAACUAAAAAGUUAUUCCUAAUGGACUUGAUACACACUAAAUAAAUUCCAGUAUAAAAUACACAUUUCUUUGAAUAUUGACAAAAUUCCAGUAUGAAUACUUCAAUAGCUUCCCCUGCAAUGAAUAUUUUGAAAAAUUGUGUAAAUACAUCUUUUCGAAACUCAAAAACUCGAUUAUUAAAGCUGAAAGUUACUAAAUCUUGUCACGAAAUAGGAGAGACGGUGGAUAAGAGAUUUUACAGUAGAUUAAAUUCAACUCAAGAGUCAACAAAUAUAAAAAACGACAGAAUCAACAAAAAUUCUACCCAGCUUGUAACUCCAAAAAAAUAUUCACCAAGUCUAGACAUUUUGGAAAUUCUCAGUAAAUCUAAAAGAAAUUUUAAAGAAGAUUUAGAUGUAAGGAAAGAUAAGAACAUGCUUGGUGCCUCACCCUCACUCAAUUCAAACAAUGAAUACAAUUACAAUGAUAGCCAGGGAUUAUUAUCUUCCAGCGAUUUAUCAGAUGAGAUGCUAAGAAUGCGUCUUAAUUAUGAUAAAUUGAAGUUUAACCCUGAUGAGAAUUCCGAAGUGAAAAAUGUACUGUACAAACGGUUCAAAUUUAAUAUAAAACACGAUAAGCAUCCACUUAACCAGUCAUACAAGGCAGGUCAGAAAACAAAAAUGCAGUCCAAAAAUCCUUACGCGGAAGAGAUUCAAUCUAUACAAAAUAAGAGAUUAUUAAUGGAUAUGAUGAACACAAAUCAAAUGAAUUAUAAUUUAAAUCGCAAUAGAUCAAAAUCAUUGGAAUCUUUACAUAAAAAGUUACCAAUUGAUGUGAGAGACCUUCUUUUAACCAAAGAAAAACACAAAUCACAAUUAAUUUCUGAACUGCAAAAAAGUAAACAACAUUUCUCCAGAAAAGUUGCAAAAGAUCACUGGCCGGUAAAUUAUAAGAUGUUGAACAAGCGAAAAACAAAUGUAGGAGAAUUUGUACAAUUUAAAAAAACCUUGGACAGGAAAUUUUUUAGGAAUAUAUUCUUCAAAGAAGAUUCAAAUAGGGAAAAUACAAAAGGUUUAAUAAAAAAUAGACAUCAGUUUCACAAUAAACAUAGGUAUUUAAAUACCAAUAAGAAUUCUUCAACUAUUUAUUGGAAACACAAUACCCAAAGAUCGAAAUCUUUGGAUAGCUUAGCUACGCGUUCACAACGCCUAACUGAAAAGUCAGAUUUUUUCAAAAAGUUUCAAUUAAAAGAAGUGGAUGGAAGAAAGAGCGAUAUGAUAAAAUAUUUUAUGAACCAUCAAGGAAAAGGAGAAAAACUCACUGAAAAAGUGAACGCUUAUUGCGACUUUCCCGCAUCUGUUCCAAGAUUAACGCACAGAAAUACUUUAGAACCAAGCUCGAACAUUGACAAUACAGUUCAGAGAAACAUUGAUACGAUGAACGCCAGUAGAAUAUUGAAAUUCAGAAACUACGAAGACUUUGAUCACACAAUUGAAGAGCCACAAUACAUACUUUGCAUUAAAGAUUAGAAAAAUGAGAGAAAAUAACUAGAAUUGGAUAGAUAAAUUUACUUUGGAAUUAACGUUGUAUUUGCAUGUAUAGUCCAACUUUUAGGUGUACAUUUUACGAUAAAACAGUGAGAAAGGGUUACCUAAAUAGAGUAAGGGUAUGAAAAACUUGAGAAAUCCUGAAUGAUUUGUAAUAUUAUUUGAAAACAUUUGUCCUUGUUUUGUAAUAAAAAUUCACUUUGAAACUUAAUAUUGUG